CACGGCGACGCGUAGGCUAACGCUCAGUAUAACUGCAUGGAGGAUGGUCAAGGGCAACGCCACCUGCUGAAAGAGAGCAGCCCACAAGGAAGCAGCAAGGAGCGGACCCUCGUGUCGGCGGCUGUCACAGACGUACCCGGUUGGCUUGAGCUGUGUUGAAGAGAAGUACCCUAUCAAGCAGUGAUGGACCAAGCAAGGUCAACGAUAUCCAAAAUUUUUAAGGGGGAGCCACACUCCUACACACGUUUCAACUUGACACAGAACAUGGAAGGUGACAAUAGCCAGGUGGAGAUGAAGCUGUCGUCCGACAUGGAUGAGGAAGUUGGAGGAAAUGGAGUGGGAGACCAUCUCAAUCACAACUCCAACCGCAAACCCUAUGUGGCUCAGAAGUUUGGACGCACACCCAAGAACCUCUGCUUCACGGCAGCAGCAAUCCUCCUCAUCUUCAUCAUCGGGUACUUGAUUGGCUACCUGGUCCAUCGCAAAAAGGACUUGGCUCCCAGCCCUGCAGUCCCUGUGGUCCCUUUUGAACAACCUGUGUCCCAUGAGACAGGUGCUGCCCCCCUCAUGGACUGGGAUGAUGUCAAAAAGCUCUUGUCUAACCAACUCAGUGCAACAAAAUUUGAACCUGUCUUCAGGGAGUUUACCAGUGUCAGCCACCGAGCUGGUUCUCCUGGUGAUGAAGCUCUGGGGAACAAGAUAUUCCAGAAGUUUAAAGAAUAUAACAUGGACACCUGGACUGAUGAGCACUUUGUUAAGGUUCAGGAUCCCCCAGCUUCUGGCUAUAACAGAUUUGUUUUCAAGAAUGGGAGGGAGGAGCGUCCAAAUGGAUUCCUGUCCUACAGUGCCAGUGGAACAGCAACGGGUGCUGUUUUGUAUGCACACUUUGGGCGGGAAAAUGACUUCAAGUUGCUGCAGGACAAGAACAUCGACCUGAGUGGCAGGGUCAUGCUGAUCAGAGCUGGUAGGAUCAGUUUUGCCGAGAAGGUAGCCAAUGCUGCCAAAAUGAAUGCCUCUGCUGUGUUGAUCUGCCCUGACCCCAAUGAUUACUCUGUCGGAGACACCACUCAGCUCUUUGGACAUGUCCAUAUGGGUUCAGGUGAUCCCUACACUCCAGGCUUCCCCUCCUUCAACCACACCCAGUUUCCUCCUGUUCAGUCUUCAGGCCUGCCAAAAAUCUUGGCUCAGACCAUCACAAAGGGAAUGGCUAACAACAUUCUGAGGAACCUGGGGGGUCAGAGUGUGCCAGAAGCCUGGUCCAUCAGAUACAAACUGGGAGAUGAGAAUGAUGUUAUUACUGUGCAGGUGGAAAACGUUCUUACUGAGAAAAGGAUAAAUAAUGUCUUUGGAGUCAUCAAAGGCUUUGUGGAUCCAGAUCGGUAUGUGGUCAUCGGUGCCCAGAGGGACGCAUGGGGUCCAGGUUUUGCUGCAUCGACCGUUGGCACCAGCGUCCUUGUUGAGCUGGCUCGUUCAAUCUCAGACAUGGUGAAGAAUGAUGGAUUCAAGCCAAGGAGGAGCAUUGUGUUUGCCAGCUGGAGUGCAGGCGAAUAUGGGAGUGUUGGCGCCACAGAGUGGUUGGAGGGUUAUCUGUCUUCUCUGAGCAUGAAAGCUUUCUCCUACAUCAACCUGGAUGGUGUUGUAACAGGUCACAGUGGAUUUAAAGUAGCAGCCAGUCCCUUGUUGCAUAGCCUGAUUGAGAACACUAUGAAAGAGGUGAACUCCCCAAAAAAGUCUGGGUCUCUCUAUUCUCAAUUUGAAAUUGACAACUGGGAAUCACAGGUGUUGGAGCCUCUGAAGUUGGACAAUGCUGCAUAUCCUUUCCUUGCCUUUUCUGGCAUUCCCUCGGUCUCAUUUAGGUUCACCCCUGGUAACUCAGACUACCAGUUCUUUGGCACAAUGCUUGACGACCGGGAACAGCUGAACUCUGCCACGGGAGGCCUGGUUCCUCAGCUGGCUGAAACAGCGGCCCGCUUUGCAGGUCAAGUAGUGCUGAAGCUGGUCCAUGAUCAUCUGUUACGGCUGGACCUCGUGAAAUAUAGCAAGAUUAUACGUAAUCAUGUGGUUCAGAUCAAUAUGAACAUCAAUAACAUUCGCAGGAUGAAGCCCCAGCUGUUAACCAAGGCCCUGACUGCGCAGUGGUUGAUCUCAGCCUCUGGGUCCUACGGCCGCGCAUCUCGCAGCCUGGAAACAGACAUUCAGAACAGUGACCUGGAGGACAUCGAGAUGUGCCGCAUCAUCAAUGACCGCAUCAUGGCGGUGGAAAGGAACCUCCUUUCACCCUACGUGUCUCCCAGAGAGAAUCCUUUCCGCCACAUCCUGCUGGGCUCCGGCCCCCACACUCUCACAGCUCUGUCCAACCAACUCAAAGCUCUCAAGGCUGACGACCCCAACGCAGACGCCUUGUUCCGCAACCAGUUCGCCCUGGCAACGUGGACCAUUCAGGGCUGUGCCAACUCAUUAGCAGGGGACAUCUGGUCCUUGGAUAAUGAAAUAUAAAGAAAAAUCCCCCCCUCCUCCCUACCUUGUUCAUGGUUUGGCCUUCUUAUCACAACUGGCAGUGUGAAAACCAGUGGGCAGUUAGAAUUCACCAACAGUCCCAGUUACAGCUUUUUAAAUUAAUCUCAUUUAGGAAGUGUUAAAAGUGGAGCUUUUUCUAAAUGGAUACCAAUAUCACAGCCAUCGCCCAUUUCAAUAUUUCAGUGAUAAGGUGCCUCAUCUCCCUUCUUUCUGGAAUUCUCUUUAAAGCCAAAAAUCAGUGAUAAAAUGUACAUAAGCCUUCCGCCUUAACGAAAAAGUUCAGUAGGUCAUUCUCUUUUUUCCCCCCACUUUGGAAAGAGAAAAUCUUUAAUUUUAACAUGUGGUACUUAAAUUCCACAAUCUUGAACACUUUGGUGCUAGUAACAACUACCUUUUAUAUGCCCGUGUUAUGUGGCAAUACUACUUAAAUUGGUGUUACCCUUUGCAUGAGUAGAAUGUAGUGAAAGUUACGCUUUUUUUGGCACAGUAUCAGGUCAUAAUCACAGCAAGGACUGUGUAUGUCAGCUCAGAGGUUAAUAAAAAACAGAAAAGGGCAGUAUGAUAUAAUAAGCUAAUUUGUUUACCAUAACAAUUAUAAUUCAAAGCUGCUGGUAUUUCCACUGUUGUUGAAGCCUCAUGUUCAAACCUGAGCUGGUUUGUGUUGGUAGCUAUAAUUUCAUACUGUGCUGAAAUCUGCUACUGGACUGAUUGUCAGAGAUUCAGAGGUUGCUGAAAAGGACUGAAGAUUACUUACAAUAACACAGCACAUAACAAACCUAGAGGUAGAUUUGGGACAAUCAGCUGUUGUUACUGGCACUGUCGAACACACAAGCUUCAUUAAUCUUAAAAAAAAAAAAAAAAAAAAAAAAAGUCCUAA